AUGGUCAUCUGUUCCUGCCCACAGCCAUCCAUUAAGUAUGGCUUCACCGUCAUGGAAAAAAAUGGGAUUGAUCAUCCUCAAUGCGUAGUAUGCCACACAGUUCUUAGCAAUGACGCCUUGAGACCUAGUCGUCUUGAGCGACACUUGAUGAAGAACCACUGCGCUUUGACAGAGAAACCAGAAGAGUUUUUUGCUGAUAAACUUCAAAAUUUGAAAUGCAAGAAGCUGGACACUACUGGAGCUUUUCAUCAAGUGUCGGCCAAAGUGGUAGAAGCAUCUUAUGAACUGUCAUUGCUCAUCGCUAAAGCCAAGAAAGCGCACAUAAUCAGAGAAACUCUUAUGAAGCCUUGCUUGUUGAAAGCAAUUGAUAUGGUACUUGGUGUCGAAAGCAAGAAAAAACUGUUGGAAAUUUUUCUUUCUGACAAUUCCAUGAAAUGUCACAUCAAUGAGUUGGUGAAAGAUCUUAAAAUUCAAAUUGUGGAGGCAGUGUUGGCUUCUCCUUUUUUUGCAAUUCAGUGCGACAAUACCACUGAUGUAGCACAAUACUGUCAGUUGCUUGUCUACGUUCAAUUCAUUAACAAUGAAACUGUGAAGGAAGAACCUUUUUCGAAGAAAUUGAUGACCACAUCAAAGGCUUUUGAUAUUAUGAAAAUGAUUUCCAACUUUUUUGAAGAAAAUAGACUUUCAUGGGAACUGGAUGGGGUAUGCACAGAUGGUGCUCCAGCAAAGCUUGGUUCUUGCUCUGGAUUUGUGACGUUGGUGAAGAAAAAAAAUCCAGCCGUAACCACAAUUCAGUGCGUCAUACACAGACAAGCAUUGUCUAGACAUACCCUUCCAGAUGACCCAUGUGACUCACUGAAUUUGGCCAUCAAAGUUGUCAAUUUUGUGAAGAACAGUGCUUUAAAUAUGAGACUUUUUGAUGCUCUUUGCACAGAUUUGGGAGCAGAUCAUAAAAGUCAUUUGUUUCACAUGGAAGUACGAUGGCUUUCCAAAGGUAACAUGCUUUCGAGAUUAUUCGAACUAAAAGACGAAGUGGAAAUUUUCCUCAAGCAACAGAAGAAAGAAGAGUUAUAUCAUGCAUUUACGGACCAAAUGUUUCAACUUUCACUGGCAUACCUGGUGGACAUUUUUUAA